AUGAAUGUUGUCAAUGAGAUGAUGAUGGUCGCAGGCGCGUAUAAAUUACAGGACCAUAAAUCCGACCAUCAGAUAGCUCAAGUUUUAGUAACUAGAUUUACCGGGCAACUCAAAGACUGGUGGGACAAAUAUCUCGACGAAACAACUCGCCAACAGAUAUUAAACCACUAUGUCGUUAGGCCAACUACUCAAAUCAUCAAAGAAGAAGGUCCAUCAACUAGGACCGAAGUACAACAUGAAAGGGUAGAGGAUGCUGUCAACACCCUCACAUAUACCCUCAUAGAAUUCUUCGUCGGCGACCCUCUGAAAUACCAGGAGAGAUCUGCCGAAAUACUCAUGAAUCUGAAAUGCCCUACCUUAGGUGAUUUCAGGUGGUACAAAGACAUAUACUUCAGCAAAGUUCUUAUUAGAACAGAUAGUUCGUUGGAAUUCUGGAAAGAGAAUUUCGUCAAUGGACUACCAAAACACUUCUCAAGGAGGAUCAAAGAUGGUCUUAAGACAAAAUACAAUGGAACAAUUCUAUGGCAGACUUUGUCAUACAGAUCCAUAGCAUCCUUCAUCAUAGAAGAAGGACUCAGACUUUGUAAUGAGUCAAAGAUUCAAAACAAGCUUAAUUCUUCGAUAUCAAACAGAAAAGAGCUUGGAAGAUUUUGCGAUCAAUAUGGAUGCAAGGAGAUAGAAGCUCCCUCAACCUCCAGACGAAAGAAGGUUAAGACACAUCCAAAACCUUAUCAUUCAUACAGGCCUAGAGAAGCAUAUCGAAAUAAACCCGUGCAGUCUCAAAAGCCAACGUAUUCAAGAAGAAGGUAUACUCCUACAAAACCCCAUAAAGGAAAGAAAAGGAAAACUUGCUUCAAAUGUCGAGAGGAAGGACAUUAUGCUAAUAAGUGUCCAAUUAGAGGAAAGAUCAAUGAGUUGGAUAUAGAGCUGAAAAAUUAG